AUGGCCGAAGAAUGGUUUGACCAAAAUCCAGACGCAUUCCAAGAGUAUGUGUUGAAGAAAGCCGAUUUAGCGUUGAUCAACCGUUGGCUGGUGAACCAUGGAUUUCAUACCUUACAGGAAUAUAUUUCAGGACGUUUAGGAUACAAUUCAAAUGAGGGAAGCACACCUUCCUCACCAAUUAUUUCCGAUGGGGGAUUUUUUGAUUCCAAACACCACCGAUCAAAUUCAAAGAAACAUUUAAGACAGGAUUUUGCCCGCUCCAAAAUGAGGAAUAUGUUUAGGACAUAUGAACCUUCUUCCAGUCCAGAGCUAGGUGUUGAUGCCAGGAGGAGUAGCUUAAAGGAAAUGAGACAAUUUCGAUCUUUACCGCCCAACUCGGUGAAUAUGUUAAGCAUGUUAAUACAAUCAAGGAUAAGACUACCCCGAUACCCUAGUAAGGACAUUGACAGUAAAAAGGAACUGCGAUAUACAAACGAAAAGGAAUUUUUCCUGGAAAUAGUGAAGGAUAUUUCCAAUGAUUUGGAUUUAAGAAGUUUAAGUACUAAAAUUGUAGCUAAUAUGUGUGUUCUAGUGGAUGCUGAUAAGGCAUCAGUUUUCUUGGUGGAAGGUAGAAACACUCCUAAACCCUCUUUGGUUUCUAAAAUAUUUGAUGUUCACGCCGGAAGUGAUAUGUUGCCAUCACUUACUGGUGAUGGAAGUAUGAGAAUGGCGUGGGGUAAAGGAAUAAUAGGACAAGUAGCAGAAACAGGAGAAAUAGUGAACCUUGACGGCAAUGCUUGUAAGGAUCCAAGAUAUAAUGAAGAGAUAAUAGGCUAUCAAGCCGAAGAUUUAUUGUGUAUGCCAAUCAAAAAUGCUGAUGAUGAAAUUAUUGGUGUGGCUCAAGUUCUCAAUAAAACCGGAAGUGAAGACGGCUUUGAUAAAGAAGACGAAAAGGCAUUAUUAGAAGUGGUACAUGAUGUGUUUGAGGAACAAACAUCGUUUGAAAAUGUGAUAUUAAGAAUAAUGCAGCGUGCUCAAACAUUACUUAAAUGUGAAAGAUGUUCAGUUUUACUGCGAGAUGAAUCUCAUGAGACCAAAUUUAAUAAAGUGUUCGAUUUGGCUUAUCCUACGAAGAAUGGUCAUAAUAACAUGAACCCUGAUAACUGUACAGAUUUACAGAUCGGAAAUAAAAUAGCUGAAUUAGUUUUGAUAACAGAAGAAACAAUCAAUAUAGCUGAUGCUCAAAAAGAUGCCAGAUUUGAUCCCGAGACUGAUAAAUUAUUAGGUUUUCACACGAAAACUAUUUUAUGUAAACCAAUACGUAACAGAGAAUUGAAGACAAUUGGUGUUGCACAGAUUGUAAAUAGAAUAGAUGGUCAACCGUUUGAUGAACAUGAUGAGAAUUUGUUUGAGGCCUUUACAAUAUUUUGUGGAUUAGGUAUUCAUAAUUCAUUAUUGUACGAGGAAGUCUCAGUGGCUGCUGCAAAGCAAGCAGUAGCGUUAGAGACACUAUCUUACCAUGCAUCUGUACCAAACGAUGAUGUUUUAAACAUUAAGUGUAAACAAGUGCCUGAAGCUACCACAUGGAAACUGAACCGUUUCGAUUUCAACGAUUUUAGUCUACAAGGUGACGAAAUGAUAUUAGCGGCAAUACGAAUGUUUAAAGACUUAGGCCUUAUCCGCAAAUUCAGAAUAGAUUACGAGGUGUUAUGUCGAUGGUUAUUAACAGUAAGAAAAAACUACAGAAAUGUUUCAUAUCAUAAUUGGCGACAUGCUUUUAAUGUUUGUCAAAUUAUGUUUACUUCCAUGAUGAAUUGUGAAACACGGAAACAUAUCUCUGAUAAAGAAGUAUUAGCGUUAACAGUAGCUUGUUUAUGUCAUGAUUUAGAUCAUCGAGGUACCAACAAUGCAUUUCAACAAAAAUCCAGUUCGCCUUUAGCUCAAUUGUACGGAACCAAAGCAACUUUAGAACACCAUCAUUUUAACCAUGCAAUAAUAAUAUUGAACAGUGAGGGCCAUAAUAUCUUUAGCAAUUUUUCCUCGGAUGAUUAUAGUGAAGUUAUUAAUUUAUUAAAACACGCAAUAUUAGCAACUGAUCUUUCAUUACAUAUACAAAUUCGAGAGAAGUUUUUCUCCAUGGUUGAUGCUGGAGUCAGAAGUCUAGAUGAUCGAGAAUGUAAAGAAAUCUAUCGUAGUAUCAUUAUGACCACCUGUGAUAUAGCUGCUAUUACCAAACCUUGGGAAAUACAGAGAAAGGCUGCUGAUUUGGUGGUAGCAGAAUUUUUUGAUCAGGGUGAUAAAGAAAAGAAUGAACUUAAUCUUCAACCAAUGGCAUGUAUGGAUAGAGAAAAACAAGAUGAAAUCGCCAAGUUACAGAUGUCCUGGAUUGAUGGUAUUUGUUUGCCGUUAUAUAAGAAUCUAUCGAAGAUGGACCCUAACUUCAAACCAAUGUUAGAAGGUGUUUUAGCUAAUAGAGAUAGAUGGGAGAUAUUAGAUGCUGAAAGAUUAACUAAACUUGCUGUUCUUGAAACCGGUGUUUAAAAUCCUUACCAACUCUUAGGAUCUUCGUUUAGAAAAUAUGAGCGUUUUUUAUUCGCCUGUAUGUAACAAAUAUUGUUAAAGACCCUUUACCCUCAAUAAAAAGCCAUUGAUUUGUAUACCUGCAGUUUCUAAAGAAGCAAAGACUGAACCGGUUUUUCUGCAUCAUGAAAGUUGCACUCAAUGACAUACUCUUCUGAAAUGACAUCAAGUGGUAUGCUCUUCCGAAAGUGAUAUUUGCCAUUCUGGAGUAACACAAAUUGAGAUGUAUACUCUUCUGCAAGUGACUAACACUGAAUGGUAUGCUGGCCCGAAACUCUCACAAACUAAAUUGCAUGGGACACAAAUUGAGAAGUAUGUUAAUCUGCAAGUGAUACAAAUUUUUAAGUUUGCUCCUCUGAAAGUCCCACAAAUUGCGUUGCAUGGGACACAGUAUGUUUAUCUG